UUUUACCUAAAAAGUUUUUUAAAAUAUUAUUAAACAAACUUUCUAAUCGAUAUCACGAAACUAAAACUAUAAAUUAAUCGAUUAAAUAUAAAUUAAUCAUAAGUAAUCAGAUGUAAUCAAGUUUUAGGUAUAUAUUUUAUUUUAUUUUUGUUGUCAAUUCACUGUCGUUGCACCUACAGAUCGUUCACCGUAAGUUGUCCCCUGCCGUGAUGUUGGCACUAUUACUUGUAAUUUUUGUCAAUCUGUUGUUGUCAGAUUGUCUGUUGUGACGUGUGCCGUUAGUUUUUGUGUUAAUAUUUAAUAACCUUCAAAUUAUUCAUGCCAAAGCCAUUUAAAAACAGUGCAAGAGAGAUUGUGUUGAAGGUUCAUGCCUUUUGUGAGAGAGAAAAGGCAAACCAAGCCCCGUUAAUUAGACUCGAUCAAGUGCGAGCACGAGUCGCCGCAAUGACAGGCAUGUCUGAGAAAACUAUGAGUAGAAUAACUAAAGAAGGUGAAGUUGCUGCCUCUACGUCUCAAAAACUCAAAUCUCGAGUAGCUAGCAAUAAUGUCGGCCAAGAAGCUGGUAAUAUCGUGAAGUUAACUGAAGAAGCUUUUUCAUCGAUAACUCCUCAGGAUUGGCAAAAACAGCGUGAACACGUAAAACAUUUAGAAGACAAAUUUUAUGAACGUGAUGGCUGCAUGGAUAAUAUUACGGAUAAAUUCAUAAUUGAACUAAGAAACGACAGCAGUACAGAUUCGGAUACGUCAGACGACGCUUAUGCAAGUGACAGUCUGGAAUCGUUUCUUUCGACCAUAAUUACUGUCAGUAAAAAUGAAAUAAAUAAAUAAUUUAAAAUUUAAA